CGAUCCCUGGGUAUUUUCUGUACAGUUGCAACUUACUCUACUUUCGUUUUCUCUAGAUAAUUACAUGUUCUCUAAGGCUUGAUAGGUCAGUCACUGAAUUUGAAAUAGAUAUAUCUUUGAAGUGGGAUAACCAUGGCAAUGGCUGUACAAAUUGGAGAUAGGGUAAUACGCGGACCAGACUGGUGUCAUGGUGACGAGGACGGGGGUAACGGGUUCGUGGGGACAGUUACAGAAAUAUCCAAGAAGGAAAAGACGUGUCUGGUCCAGUGGGAUUACCAUGGCAACACCACACAGUGCGGGGCUGAGGGAGAGGAGGGUCUAACGGAGAUCAGGGUGAUCGACAUCCAACAGUCCGGUAUUUACUUCCCUGGCAUAACCUGUGAUGCCUGUGGCAGAUCGGGGUUGGCCGGUUUCCGCUGGAAAUGUGUCGAAUGUAACGACUUCGACUUGUGUACCACGUGUUACAUGGAGGACGAACACGACAAAAACCACGUGUUUGUAAGAUAUGACAGCAGCAUGACAACAUGCAUUCCAUGUCCAGCUCGAAGUAAAAGCAAGAAAACAAAAAUAUAUGGGAUAGGUCCCAAUGCUGUGGUAAAACUCUUCCCUCCUACCGAAGACAAUCAACAGACAGGAAAAGUGGUACAAUAUGUAAAUUUUGGCAAGUCCAACUGUGGGGGAGUGGAAGUGGACUGGUCAGGGACUCUCUCAAAACACAAACUGGGUGUAGACGGAAAAGUGGAACUAACCAUGGUGGAGCCCUACCAACUGGGAACAAUUUAUACUGACCAUUUACCAUUAGGGGACUUGUCAUGUCCCAAGCCCUCCUACAUCAAUGUUGGGGACAAGGUCCAGGUAAACAUUAACACAGAUUCAUUUAGACAGCUCAAUAAAGAGUUUGGAGGCUGGAAUGAUGAAAUGGAAAAGAUUGUUGGAGAAAUUGGAGUGGUCCAGAAAGUGAUUCCCGGUAACCAGCUGAGUGUGGUGUUUGGCGGUGGAAGACCGUGGGUCAUCUACAGACAGGCUUGUAUGAAGAUAUCUACAGUAUCAAAUGGAGAUGUCAUCAAAGUUGUGGAGGAUAUUUCUCUUCUUCAGAGAAUUCAGGGGAACCAUGGAGUCUGGCUAGAGGAAAUGAAAAAACUACCAGGAAAACUUGGAAAGGUGUAUGAUGAGGAUUCAGAAGGGCUACUGUUUGUCAGAUUUCCAAAACUGGGAGAGUACUUGCUGAGCCCCUCGUGUUGUGUGAAGCAGUACAAUCCAUCAAAGUUACAGUUUGAUGAAAAAGAGGACUUGGGAGCAAGUAAAUAUGCAGAACCAGGGGGAGCAACUGCAGCUGAACCAGGGGGAAAAUGUGGUAUGGUAUAUGACAUAGGAAUCCGUGUGGUGAGGGGACAGAAUUGGUCCUGGGGGGACCAAGAUGGGGGAGAGGGGCACCUAGGCACUGUGGUAGAAAUAGGCCAUGAGGAGAGUGCCAGCAAGGUGCCCCCAAUGUGUGUCCAGGUGCAGUGGGACAUGGGCUAUAAGAACAUGUACAGAGUGGGGUAUGAGAAUCAGUACGAUCUAAGGAUCUUCGACACAUCUGCUUUAGGAAUUAAGCAUGAUAAACUCUGUUCUGACCCUAACUGUGAAGAACCGGAGAUAUAUGGCAUGCUGUGGAAAUGUGAACAGUGUCCCGAUGUAACACUCUGCAGCAGUUGUUACCAUAGUGACAAGCAUGACAUCAUUCACAAGUUCACUCGAUUUGACUACAGCGGACAUCAAGGGUUCUCUGUACCAAAGCGACAGUUGAGCAGCAGGCAGAAAGUUUUUGGAAUCUUUGAGAAUGCAAAGGUGACACGUGGAAUAGACUGGAGAUGGGAUGACCAAGAUGGUGGAGAUGGUAACACUGGCACUGUUCUGGCCAUCGUGAACUUUAGCCUUGACACUGACCAUGAUGGAGUGGAGGUCGCCUGGGAUACGGGUCACAUUAAUGUCUAUCGCCUUGGUUACAAGGGCUGUGUGGAUGUGAAGGCUGUGGAAUCUGCCAGUGGGGGUUUCUAUUACAAGGACCAUCUUCCUGUCUUCAAGUUACCCAAUCAACCCAGACCUGGCCCCUCUCAAGCAGAGAGAGAAGGGGUACCAGCAAAUGCCUCCCAAGAUGGAAGGCUCAAGAAAGGGGACACAGUCAAGAUAGGGGUGGAUCUCGACACCCUUCAGGCAGUUCUUAAGGAGUCCAAAAAUUGGAAUGACAGAAUUGUUGAGUACAUUGGGGUCAACGGAAAAAUUUUGAUGAUCAAUGAUCAGCAAAUCACUGUGGAUUUUGAUGGCAGAAAAUGGAUUCUGCCCGAACUGACCUUGGCUAAGGUUGAACAAUAUGAAAAGGACCAGGUGGUUCAAGUGGAAAGUGAUGCCACUAAUGUUGGUCACCUACAAAACGGUCAUGGUCCAUGGGAUGAAAGCAUGAAAAAGUUCCUUGGAAAAAGAGGCAGAGUUGUCUUUGUGGAUGGAGAUGGAGAUGUGACAGUCAGCUUUGGGAAACGGGAAAUUAAGUUCAAUCCUGAGUGCUUGAGGCCAUCCAAAGGCAGUGUAUUCAAUGAGGAUGAGGAACAUGAAAAGACGAGAGAGAAACCACAUGGAAACCAAGGUGAGACCAAAGAGGAACAACAGUGGACACAAGACGGGAGCUCCACCGAUGUGGACAGUGACACCAAAGGUGAAGAAUCAGAAGAUGGAAUGGAUGACAUCAGUGAUCAACAUGAUAAGUUUAUGGAGGAAAUCAAGAUGGGAAAUACAAGAGAUGCCUUUCAAACACUUCAAAAAUAUCCAAAAAUAGCAGGCCUUACGUCACUGUCUCAGGUCUGUGACCAUGCUAAAUGUGACGUAUCUAUAGUGGAAGCCUUGCUGAAACAUGGAGCCAAGAUGGACGAAAAAAGAGCACCACCUCUGUUGACGGCCGUCAGAAGGGGUCAUGUUGAUGUAGUAAAGCUCCUGCUGAAGAAGGGAGCAGAUCCAAACGUCAGCAACAACAACGAACAGACAGCGGUUCAUAUAGCUGUUCAGACGCGCAAUAAAGACUUGCUCCAGAUUCUUCGAGACAAAUGCGACUUCAACAUCUGUGAUAAACUUGGAGAUAGCCCAGUAUCUGAUGCCAUCUCUAUUGGAGAUCCGAAUAUCAUUGACAUUAUCUUCCAAUGGCCCAAAAUCAAUCUCAAGUUUGAGAAUAAGCUCGGCUUCUAUCCCAUCCAUCUAGCAGCUAGGAAAGGAGACCUGCAUGCAGUGCAGCAGAUUCUGCAGAAAUGUCCAGAAGCAGCUAACACACAGAAAAGUGAUGGCUACACAGCACUCCACCUUGCUGCAUGCAUGGAUCACAGUGAUAUUGCCAAAACUCUGCUGGAUAAGGGUGCCCGGACAUUUACACAAACAGAGAGUGAAGGGCAGACUCCCUUACAUAUUGCUGCCGUGUAUGGAAGCUAUGAAACUGCAAGAGUCCUCAUCGAAGAUGGAAAGGCCAAUGUUAAUGCUACAGAUAUUAAUGGAAACAAUGCUUUACAUCUGUGUCUGAUGAGAAGACCAGCUAUGAUGGAGUUUGCCAAGAUGCAGAAGGCAGACUCAGUCUCAGGAGACGGGGUACAGGAGAAGGAGAAGAUAGCGGGUCUGUUAAUACAGCACAACAUUCAGACCGAGCUGAAAAAUAAUGAGAACAAAUCCCCUCUUGAAGUGGCUGCUCCCCCUUCAUUGGGCUCAAGUGUGGAGUUCCUCAUCAAAGAAAAACAGAACCCCUCAGUGCGCCCCAAGAGGUGGAAGUGCGAGGAGUGUGAGGAAGAGGACGCCUCCUAUCAGAUGAAGCCAUGCGACUGUCGCCUCUGUGAGGACUGCAUCCCCAAGAAACUCAAGAAGUGUCCAAAUUUAUCAGCAAUUAAGAAGAGAAUCAUGACUUCACGGGCAAUGAAGAAAACUGGUUUGAGCGAAAAAAUGAAGAAAGCGUCUGAAAAUCCAACUCCAAUUAAAAAGAUAAACAACAAACCCCAGACUGAGAGGAAGAGAAGGGAGAGAAUCAACAAAUGUCUAGGACAGCUCAAGUGUUUGGUGUUCAGAGCUACAGGCAAAGAUGAGAAAAAGUACCCACGGCUUGAGAAGGCAGACAUACUGGAGAUGGCUGUCAAUCAUCUGUACACCAUGAACGCCAAAGACAGCAAGCAAGGUACGGAGGAAGCAGACGACAGGUACCGCGAGGGCUACAGUCACUGUAUCGGCGAGGUUCUACAGUGUCUCCGAUUCGAGCGAGGAAUUGAUGUCGUCACCAAAACUAACCUCAUCAAUCACCUGACAGUGUCCCUCUCUCAUCUUGCCUCCACCAAUCAACAGACGGGUUACAUCAACCAGGCGUUCGAAGUUAGUGUGCACGAUGACAGUUCCUCCCCUUCCGUAUCAGGAAAGCCCCUGCAUCCCAACAAUGUCCCAAGCAGCGAAGGUGUCCAGGAAGUGCCAGUUUCCGUACAGCCGAAGUGUGCCGAGGCUCCCUACCAAGACCACAACAUCUACAUGGACUUCUACACCGCACCGCUUGACGUCCGCCGUGCUGAACUCAACCCCGCCUACACCGAGCGCAUGCCGUGUGACUACCAGCCGCCAUGUUCUCCGUUCCACUCCGACUUCGGUGUUCCUCUCCACACAUCCACUCCCAUGGCGAAGAAGAGACUCCGUGUUAUCCCCGACUUCCCCGCCUUGGAGGACAUCAACCUUAGUGACUGUGUGGCGACUUCCUCUUCCUCCGACAGCGGAAGUUCAGCCGGACCAUGGCGUCCAUGGUAACCGUUUGGACUAGUGCUUUAUCCAGAUAAUAGUGCAAACAAUCGAUGCCAAACAUAGUGUUCUGAGUGAUGUUAAACAAAGUUAUGUGAUGUGAAUAGUACUAUUUUGUUAUGAUUUUGUUGUUUCUUAUCGUUCAUAGAUUUAUCCUUUUAUGAAUAAAUAGUUGCU